CACACUAUGGCACACCACAACUGACCGCUACCAACAUGACGGAUGACAUACCAGAAACGGGUGCGGUGUUCACUUUCGGCAAGUCUCACUUCGCCGACAACGAGCCGAGUCAUUUCUUCAUCAAGAACGAUCCCAUCGUCGCCAUCUCCUGCGGGGAUGAGCACAGCGCUGUUAUAUGCCAGAAUGGACGUGUCUUCGUGUUUGGAGGCAACGCAUGGGGCCAGUUAGGCCUAGGCCAUAAGGACGAAGUCACGCGGCCCAGCUGUGUGAAAUGGCUCAAACCACAUAGAGCAAUGUUUGUGGCCUGCGGGAGAGCACACACUGUCUUUGUCACAGAUUCAAACGCGAUCUACACGGUGGGUUGCAACGAUGAGGGUCAGCUGGGCACAGGAGACAUGGAGCACCACAUGGUGCCACAGUUCGUGGAGUUCGACGGAGACACGGGGCCCAUCAGACAGGUGUCUGCCGGAAGCAAUCACACUGCUAUACUUACUGAUGAAGGUCGAGUAUUCGUAUGCGGCUCCAACACUGAAGGUCAGCUGGGGCUGGGAGAGGACACCAGGUCGUGCGUCAAGUUCACCGAGCUCAAGUUCAUGGAGAAGAUCGCCUUCGUCGAGUGUGGAUACUAUCAUACUGUGUUUAUUACAGCAAAAGGUGCGGUCUUCGUAACUGGAGACAAUGAGAACCAGAAACUUGGAAUACCCAACAAACCAACCACAGUCUAUGUUCCCGAAGUCCUACCUUUAAGCAUUCCUAUCAAGAGUGCCUGCUGUGGUGCUGCUCAUACUUUCCUGCUCUCCAUGGACGAAAGCAAGAUCCUAGCCUUCGGGUCUAAUGAGAAAGGACAACUGGGUCUUCCGAAAGAGGUUGAACAUGUGAAAGAACCUACUGAAAUUGAUAUGGAGAAGAUGUUUGAUGGUUUCCAAUUGAAGCUGGUGGCUUGUGGAGCUAUGCAUACGGCGUUUGUUACAGACAACGGAUUGCUUUACGCCUGCGGUGAGUCCCGACACAAUAAACUCUGUUUGGAGGAAAUCGACGAUGCCGACAACGCGAACGAAGCCGUGCCCAAUCAAUACACACCUAAGCGGGUCACCGCUAUGAAUGGGCACAUCGUCGACAACGUGGCCUGCGGGGGGUGCCACACGCUACUAACUGCCACCAAGGGCUCCAACGCGGACUUCACCAACAACGACUUCAGCGUUGUGCACGAGGACACUCGGCAGAUCUCCCUCACCGAACUCCCGCCACUGCAGAAAGUGCCAGUCAUGAACAAAUCCGAAGAACAAGCGCAUGUUAUCGAGGACAUCACGAACUCUAACGUUGACGUGCACAACACCGAUAACCUGAAUGGAAAUGUGAACGAAGAGUCUGGAUCGAUAGAUUCAUUAGAAGCCAACGUCAGCGGCUCCCAUAUUGUAAACAUAAACGACCUUGAGAACGAAAACGGAAGCACGCAUGACGCGCCCGAUAUAAACACAGACACGAUUGAUCCGCCGCCCUCUAAUGGAGAAGCAAAAGUUGUGGAGGUCAUCGAGAAUAUGGACACAAUGGCCGACAAGGCUGAAAGUAAAGUUGAAGAAAUUGUUACUACUGUUACAGAUAAAGUGAAUGAGAAAGUAGAAGUAGUUGAGGAAUUCGUUAAGAAGGCCGCCGUGAUUUCUCCUGUAAUACAUGACGAAGCCAAGAAAGUUCUGGAUAUACCGGACAAAAUGACGGAGGUGGCAAAUUCGCCUCCACCGAAGACGCCGAUAUUACCAGAGCUGUUACACAUUCCCGACUUAAGUCACAUAAGUCCAGUGCUUAGUAAACACAGUGAUGAUGGACAGAAAAGUGAAGCGGGGCAAUCUGAGAAUGAGACUAUACCGUGUGGAUCAGACAAGUCUAGUCCGCAGACAGGUAAAACAAAGACGCAAGCUGUGAUGCCUAUCGUGAGAAGUGAAGAUCAUAUAGAUGUUCCUGAGGAUGCAGAGCAUAAUGAGGAAGGUGACGUUGUAGUGCACAAAACUCCGGAAAAGGGACGAUUUGCGCGGAUGUUCCAGACUAUCAGAGAUAAGGAAAAUUCUUGCAUGGGGAAAGGGAAGGUUAUCGAGGAGAAAGUUGUUGAAAAUGUCCACAAAGGUAUCGACACGGCUGAGGACAGCAUCCACAAGGUGGAGGAGACAGUCGAGACGGAGAUCAGAAACCAGACAAACUCCAGAACGUGCACGAUAUUAUAAAUGUUUCGUCUUCUAUGUCUAGCUUAACAUUAAACAUUUCUAUUAUUGCUA